AUGACGAUCUCCAAGACCCACCACCACACGCUUCUUCUGGGAGCUGCAGCUUUGGCUCUUGAUGCGGUCAAUGCACACGGGUACUGCAGCCGUCCCGCAAUGACGUUUCCGAACGGUGGUGAUACGACGCAAUUCGUUGCAACGAUCGAGUCCAGUGCUUCGGGGUUGCCAGGGACUUUUACCGGAUCACCUGCGGACAACGCAGCAGCCUUUUGGACAGCCUUUGGCUCGAGCAAGUUCUCUUCCAUCAAGGACUUGUCAACAAGUUUGGGUCAGAUCGUGGCCAAAGGCGCCACGCUCGAGUGUGGACUCGCUGACCCGAACGGGACCCCUCAGCCAAUUCCGGAUGAGCUUGAGUGGUCUCACUCGAGCACGGAAGGUUUCACGGCUUCACACGAAGGCCCUUGUGAGGCUUGGUGUGACGACACUCAAGUGUUUCAAGACGAGAACUGUGCGGCUCAUUUCACCACCGUUCCAGCCAAGAUGCCGUAUGACAAGGCCAAGUGCUCGGGCGCCAGUCGGUUCACGUUCUACUGGUUGGCGCUGCACUCGUCAACGUGGCAAGUCUACGUCAAUUGCGCCGCACUUGAGGGAGGCAGUGACAUGUACUCGACAUCGCAGACAGAGGUGAAUGCUAGUGAGUCGACGGAACAGUCGAGUCCGCCGACGAGUUCAAGUGAUACGCCAACGGCAGUCGUUGCUCCGGAUCAGUCCUAUUCAUUUACAGGAACAACUGCUUCGCCAUCCACGACGGAUGUCCCGGUGAACACUAGUAAGUCUACUGGGGAGGCGACCACACCGGCACCAUCCAAUGCGACGGCACCGGCAGAUGUUGUGCCAACGAGCACGCCGUCUUCUACGGGGGAACCGUCUUUUACAUUUGCCGAUACAACUGCUACGCCAAACACGACGGAGGGUGUUGCACCAAACGCGACAAAGAUCAUCGGAUCGGACACAUCGGAGACCGUUGCACCAAGCACGCCGGCUCCUACGGACCCGUUCAACACAUCUUCGGCUCCGAUUGCUACACCAACGACGGAAGUUAUCUCGCCUACUGUUGACAUCACCACAUCUCCGAAAAGCGGAGCUGGAUCGAACGUCAAUGCGGUUGGCGUUGUUGGCAUCGAGGAUGAUUGCGGAUCUCUUGAUACGGCUGGUGAGGGUGACAACCGAGUCGUAACCAACUCGGUUCCCGUCCCUGAUGAAGACUGUGGAUCGUUUGACAUGGCUGGCAGUGAGGACAUGGAGGAUUGUGGAUCUCUGGACAUUGCGGGUGGAUCACUGGAUGCAGUCGGAAGCUCUGGCAUCGACAACCGCAUUAUAUCUGACAGUGCUGGAAGUUUUGCAGGUGAGGUCAACCCAGCGAUCUCAGAAUCGUCGCUCAACUUUGACGACGUCGACCGCGGCUACACUGGUGGCAAAGUGCAAGCUCCGUAUCAAUACUGA